AUGUUUUGUCGCAUCCUCCCUUCCCAUCCACGUAAUCUCCCCACCGACGAAUUCGGCUAUCGAAAGCCUCCCCAAGCCAUUCUCGAGGUUGCCGCGAAGGCCCUCGGCGGACAGCCGUGCUGGGUCACCUUCAACCGAUGCGCGUCCACUCUUAAACCUUUACUUAGCCGGGUGGAGAAGCGGGAGAGCGACGCGUGGGACUCUCUCGCCGGGGCGUGGAGCAAGAAGAACUGGAACUCGCUCGGGCCUGGUAUGUCGUCUUGGGGUCGUCUUGGGGUCGUCUUGGGGUCGUCUUGGGGUCGUCUUGGGGUCGUCUUCAUUAAAAUGUGGAAGGCGUGGGAGGAUGUUGUAAUGGCUUCCCCACGCGAGUUAUCCCCCGUGUCACGUCCCCAACGGCACCCCUCGCCAUCCCCCGCCUUCAUUUCCCCGCGCGAUCGGCACCCUCGGAAGGGAACUGGAACUUCUGGCUUCCAUCCAGCGUGGGGCAAGCGGUCCGACUGGAGGAAACUGGAUGGCAUGUGGGGCAAGCGAUCCGACUGGAGGAAACUGGGAGGCAUGUGGGGGAAGCGAGCCGGAGGUCAGCAAUGGAGGGAUAGAUCCACCAAGUACUGGGACUCCUAUGGCAACGAAGAUGGGAGCGACGCGAUGGAAGCCUCAGAAAGGCGUAACGCCGUCUGGAGUCGCUUAUUUUUAGACGGAAGCAAAGAAGGGAUGAAGCGAUGGGGGGAUUGUCGUCUCAUUACACUUGCACCGGCCGAAAUCCUCCAGCCCGAAUCCUCUGAAAUCGGCUUUUGGAUCAGGCUGCCACGCUGGGAGAAGGAAGCGCGGGAAGAAGGUCGCGCGCUGGAGAAGGAAGCGCGGGAAGGAGACCGCGCGCGGGAGAAGGAAGCGCGGGAAGGAGACCGCGCGCGGGAGAAGGAAGCGCGGGAAGGAGACCGCGCGCGGGAGGAGGGAACGAAAGGGCGCGCGAAGCGCGACGCUGUGCGAAAGGACGACAUUCCCCAGAUCCAGUCGAACUGGAUGUAG